AUGGCUACCGAAGGUGCGAGGGAGAAAGACAGAGUCAAACUCGUCUCUGUUGGUGACAUGCCAGAAGAAGGCGCCCCACUGAACGCUGUCCCUGAUCCAAACGUGGAACUGAGGGAGAUUUCGGGUGAGCACCGAGACCACCAGCAUGUGAGCCAGGACCCUGGCUUCCCAGACAACGCGGGGCCGUCCUCCCAAGACGCCCGAGUAGAAGAAAGCUUCCUUGUCAGGUUCCCCUUCCCCAGCAAGCUGUGGAUGCUGGUGGAGAGCAGCGAGAUCAAGUCUGUGUACUGGAACGAAUGCGGGGACUUGGUGAUCAUAGAGGAAGACCUCUUCCAGCAGGAAGUCCUUCUCCGCAGAGGCGCUGAGAGAAUUUUUGAGAUCGACAGCUUGAAGAGUAUCAUUCGGCAGUUCAAAGUCCACGGCUUCGUCAAAAUCCGCUGCAGUAACACUCAGAAGAAGCUGAUGGUCUACCGCAACCCCAACUUCAAGAGGGGCCACCCGUGGCUGCUGCAAAACAUCCGGAGAAGAGGAACUGCCAAGAAAAGCGCUCAUGCUGCCUUCGCGACCAGGCUCGAGCCGGACACCAUGGCCCCGUCUCCGAAGAGGAAAAAGCAGACCUCUGGGUUCCAGCAGAAGAGCGUCACGAAGGACCCCAAUAAGCCUGCGGCUCUCGGGAAGCCCCCCAACCUCCCGGGGCCCAGUAACACCCAGUGCUUUAUGCCCUCUAGCUUCGGCUCAGUGACCAAUAUGACCGGUGCUCCCUUGCCGAGGCCUGCCCCCGUCCAGCCCACCAUGGACCCUGGGGAGGGCACUUCUCAAAACACCAUGCCCAUGUCACUUCCAGCAGGCACCUGGCCUGCAGUGACGGACCCACUGGUCACCAGGCCCAGGGUGUAUGCCGAUUAUACCACUGUCCUGUCCAUGUACAACACCUGCUACUCCAUCCUGAUGAUGGCCCUGUCGGUGAUGGCCCCCGAUGAGGCCCCCAGGGCCCCGCAGUGCUCCGCGGGUCACGACUGUGCCCUCUGCGAGCAAUACAAGAGUGACCAGGAGGACUAG